UCGUGUACCACAGUCGGUGAAACAAUUGAAAUCAGGUGUAAACUGUAAACACUUGAUCAGUAGUAGGGAUGAGAGGAAGGUGCGUUCGGACUGUACGGAUGUGUGGAUGCACAAAGCGAGGAAAGCGGUUAUAAGUUGAAAUGGAAUCUAGGCUAGCAAACGGUCUUAAACUCUUAUAUUUUAAGAGGCCGGGGCCAUUUGAUCCAGGACGAGUGGGUGCACGACUUCCAGAAGCAUAUAGAAAAUUUUGGGAUGAAUGGAAGGUUAGAAAGCCGGAGCCUGUCCACUACGUGCCUGAACCAGGGAAGUGGAGGCGUGACCCAGUAACUGGUGUGGUAACUCCAGUACAAAAUGUACCAAUUCCUGUAAAAUAUCCAGCUGAAAGUCAUAAGGGACUUUGGGGUGGAGAAGGUGUUAUCCAAGGUUUCACAAAGAAGAAACGAACUGUCAGAAGAAAUCCAUACUUCUGGACUCCGAAUUUAAAACGAUCAGUUGUGUAUAGUGAAAUCUUGGAUAAAUAUAUGUCUGUUGUUGUCACUGAAAGGACAAUAAACUUGAUCCACAAGAAUUGUGGAUUUGACCACUAUAUUUUGAAGACCCCUGCAUGUGAUCUAAAAUCAGAGCUAGCAGUACGAAUUAAGCGACAGCUUCUAACAGCUUUGCUGAAGAAAGAUUAUCACACUGAUAACUCUGAAAAGCAGAAACAGAUACAUGAAGAUUAUGGUCAUUAUUUGAAAUCGUACACUGAAGAGGAAAUUGAGUGGUAUGGUCUGACCUAUCGUGAAGCCUGCAGAAAACUCAAACAGUCAGAUGAGGCUAUGUCUGAGCCAAAGCCCCUAAAGCAUCAGUUCAGGGCUGAACUGCUUGCUGAAUUACUAGAAGAAACUCUAGUCACUGAUAAAAUUGUCCCAAAGGAAAGUGGAGGUUCAUGGCUGUCAAGAAUAAAUCCUUUUGCUACUAAGGAAGAAAAACCAUCAGCAUAAGAAGAAACCCUUAUGUAUAAAAGUUUUAUGACUAAGUAAAUAACCUGUUUCAUAAAAAAA